ACGUAAAGGAAGCAGAAUGAGUCCGCGCGUUAAACUUGAUGCCGGUCUGAUCCGGAUCCUGAUGCGGAUCCUCAGAGAAGUUUGGACACGUCUAAGUUGCUGGUCAUUACUGGGAGGACUGGUGAUGGGGCACAGGGUCGUCCUUGGGGUUCGGGGGCGUCGUGCAGUCGGGCUCAUUCAGCGGCUGCUGCUCCUCGUCGUCCUGCUGGUGGCUGUUUGGGCAGAGAGUCGAGAUUUUUACAAACUGCUGGGGGUCAACAGGGAGGCGACGACCAGAGAGAUACGCCAGGCGUUCAAGAAGCUGGCGCUCACCAUGCACCCCGACAAAAACCCUGGCGACCCCUCAGCACACGAGAAGUUCCUGGUGGUGAACCGAGCUUACGAGGUUCUGAAGGACCAGGACCUCAGGAAGAAAUAUGACAAAUAUGGAGAAAAAGGAUUGGACGAGCAGCAGCAAGGCGGACGCUACGAGAGCUGGAACUACUACAGAUAUGACUUUGGUAUCUAUGACGAUGAUUUGGAGAUCAUCACAUUAGACAGCGGAGACUUUGAGGCAGCAGUGAACUCUGGAGAGAUCUGGUUUAUCAACUUCUAUUCCCCGCGAUGUUCACACUGUCACCAGCUGGCUCCAACGUGGAGGGAGUUUGCCAAAGAGAUGGACGGAGUGAUCCGGAUCGGAGCGGUGAACUGUGGAGACAACAACCAUCUCUGCAGGAGGAGAGGCAUCAACAGCUACCCCAGCCUCUACGUAUUCAGAGCAGGGCAGAGACCCGAGAAGUUUAACGGGGAGCGUACCAAAAACAACCUGAUCAGCUUUUCCAUGCAGUUCAUCACAACGACCAUCACUGAGCUGUGGCAGGGUAACAUGUUCGAUGAGAUCGAGUCUGCGUUCUCAUCAGGCCUCGGCUGGUUGAUCACCUUCUGCUCUGACACUGGAGAUUGCCUGGAGUCAAAAACACGGCAGAAGGUGGCCGGGAUGUUGGACGGCUUAGUAAAGGUGGGAUGGAUGGACUGCACCUCACAGGAACAGCUCUGUGAAAGUUUUCAGGUGACCAGUGGAGCGACUGCUUUGUUCCCACCUGGGAGCUCUCUGGAUCAACAAGGCAGCGUCCUGUGGCUGAAAACUCUGGACAGUAGAGAGAUUUAUAAUCAGGUCAUCGAUCAUCUUCCUGAUCUGGAGCUGCUGACCAGUGAAAGCUUUAAGAGGAAGCUGGCUCACCAUCGCUGGUUGGUCAGUUUUACAUUCGGAAACAAAAGCCCCGCCUCCAACGAGUACAAGAAGCUACAAGCCGCGCUACGAAAUGACCACAUACAGGUGGGCAGAGUGGAUUGUAUAUCAGACUCAGGCUUGUGUGAGUCUCUGUACAUCCAUAAACCGUGUGUAGCCGUCUUUAAAGGUCUGGGAAUACACGACUUUGAGAUCCACCACGGUAAAGACGUGUUGUACAACAUUGUGGCUUUUGCCAGGGACAGCGUCAGCGCUUAUGUGACGACUCUGAGACCUGACAACUUUCCCUCCAACAGAAAGGAGCCCUGGCUGGUCGACUUCUUCGCUCCGUGGUGUCCUCCGUGUCGAGCCUUACUGCCUGAACUGAGGAAAGCUUCAAUCCAGUUGGCCGGACAGAUGAAGUUUGGCACCCUGGACUGUACAAUUCACCAAAACCUGUGCUCCAUGUAUAAUAUUCAGAGUUAUCCCACCACUGUCAUCUUUAACCGCUCCUCUGUUCAUGAGUAUGAAGGACAACACUCAGCUGACGGCAUCCUGGAGUUCAUACAGGAUCUGGUAACUCCAUCUGUGGUGGUCCUGGAUCCUUCGAGCUUUGCAGACAAAGUAAAAGGUCGAUCUGAAGGCCAGGUGUGGGCGGUGGAUUUCUACGCUCCAUGGUGUGGUCCCUGUCAAGCUCUGAAGCCGGAGUGGAGACGCAUGGCUCGGAUGCUCUCUGGUCAGAUCCAGGUCGGUUCGGUCGACUGUCAGCAGUUUCAGUCGUUCUGUCAGAGUCAGAACGUGAGAGCCUACCCUGAAAUCCGAGUGUACCUUGGCAACUCUCGACAGCCAGACCGCUUCAUGAGUUAUAAUGGCUGGCACAGAGACGCCCACACACUGAGAUCAUGGGCUCUGAGCACUUUACCCCGAUCGUCCGUGGACCUGACCCCAGAUACCUUCAGGACUCUGUUUCUGUCGAGUAAGGAUCACUGGGUUCUGGACUUUUACGCUCCAUGGUGUGGACCCUGUCAACACUUCGCCCCAGAGUUUGAGGUCUUAGCUCGGGUUGUUAAAGGCGAGGUUCGAGCGGGGAAGAUUGACUGUCAGACUCACUAUCAGCUCUGCCAGUCAGCAGGAAUAACCUCGUACCCGACCGUCAGAUUCUCUCCAUACCUGGGAGCAAAGAGGCACCAACAGAGUGGAGAACACAUCAAUAGCCGGGAUGCUAACACAAUCGCUGACAACAUCAGAGAGCGGCUACAACAGCUGUUACCACGGUUACAAAACAUACCAAAGGACGAGCUCUGAUGACAUCAGGGCCUGUAGCUGUAAUCUGAUUGGUCAGAGAGGGAUAGAAGUGGAUGUGAUUGGUCCGGCAUGAUGAUCAAUCAGUAAACACUCCUUUUUGUAAAACGCACAGCUGUGACACAGAGACGGACUGCACACUGACUGUUACUCUGCUGUAAUGAAUGUACGGAAACUCUCAAGCCUUUAUUUUUAUCUGUUUUUAUGUUUGUCUCCAUUGUUUGUAUUUACUCUAUGAAGUAAAACUGUGGGACACUGUAUACUGGACACACACACACACACACACACACAUUCACACACGCACACAUUCACACACACCGCCUGAUGUGGUCAUUGUGUUGUAUUUUAUUGAUUAUGUUUCCAACUUUAAGAUAAAACACUGUUUAUUUUAAAAUAA